GCAGGGCCGGGAGGGCGGCAGAAGAUGGCGAGGGUGUGUAGGCGGCAGCAAUGCUCCGCUGAGAGACGCGGCUUUCGGCAAGAACUGGACUCGUGGCGCCACAAGCUCAUUCACUGUGUAGACUGUGAACCUGAAAGCAUUUCUGAUUGGACUUUUGAUGAAAAUUGUCUGUUCUGUUGCUUGAGAAGAGAUAAAGUAAAGGGACACUUAGUCGGUCUGGAUGAACCAGCUUCGGGAGCUGGGCAGGAAGCUCUGCUUAAACAAGCAAAACUCAUUCGAUUCGAGAGACAAGCAGAAGAGUUCCUCAAUGCAGUCUUUUAUAGAAAAGACAGUCCCUGGGUCUCCGACCCCAAUAUUCCCCUAGUGGCCCGUGAGAUCAUGCAGCGAAUGAUCCAACAAUUUGCUGCUGAAUAUACCUCAAAAAAUAGCUCUACUCAGGACCCCAGCCAGCCCAAUAGCACAAAGAACCAAAGCCUGCCGAAAGCAUCUCCAGUCACCACCUCUCCCACGGCUGCAACUACUCAGAACCCCGUGCUCAGCAAACUUCUCAUGGCUGACCAAGACUCACCUCUGGACCUUACUGUCAGAAAGUCUCAGUCAGAACCCAGCGAACAAGACGGUGUACUUGAUCUGUCCACUAAGAAAAGUCCAUGUGCUGGCAGCACUUCCCUGAGCCAUUCUCCAGGCUGCUCCAGUGCUCAAGGGAACGGGCGACCUGGGAGACCCAGCCAGUACCGCCCAGACGGACUUCGGAGUGGUGAUGGGGUACCUCCAAGAAGCUUACAGGAUGGAACCAGGGAAGGUUUUGGACACUCCACAUCACUCAAAGUUCCACUGGCUCGAUCCCUGCAGAUUAGUGAAGAACUACUGAGCAGAAACCAAUUGUCCACAGCUGCCAGCCUUGGGCCAUCUGGAUUACAGAAUCAUGGACAGCACUUAAUAUUAUCCAGGGAAGCCUCUUGGGCAAAACCACAUUAUGAGUUCAACCUCAGCCGCAUGAAGUUCAGGGGAAAUGGUGCACUCAGCAACAUCAGUGACCUUCCUUUUCUUGCAGAAAACUCUGCCUUUCCAAAAAUGGCACUUCAAGCAAAACAAGAUGGAAAAAAGGAUGUGAGCCAUUCAUCUCCUGUAGAUUUAAAGAUACCACAAGUUCGAGGAAUGGAUCUUUCUUGGGAAUCUCGCACUGGUGAUCAGUACAGCUAUAGCUCUUUGGUAAUGGGUUCACAAACGGAGAGCGCGCUUAGUAAAAAACUGAGGGCUAUUCUUCCAAAACAAAAUAGAAAAAGCAUGUUAGAUGCUGGACCCGAUUCUUGGGGCUCAGAUGCUGAGCAGUCUACCUCUGGACAGCCAUAUCCCACAUCGGAUCAAGAAGGAGACCCUGGCUCCAAGCAGCCUCGGAAGAAAAGAGGGCGAUACAGACAGUACAACAGUGAGAUACUGGAGGAAGCAAUCUCAGUGGUUAUGAGUGGAAAAAUGAGUGUUUCCAAAGCUCAGAGUAUUUAUGGGAUUCCCCACAGUACACUGGAGUACAAAGUAAAGGAGAGGCUGGGCACUUUGAAAAACCCUCCAAAGAAAAAGAUGAAAUUAAUGAGGUCGGAGGGGCCAGAUGUUUCUGUAAAGAUUGAAUUAGAUCCCCAGGGAGAGGCAGCACAAAGUGCAAAUGAAUCAAAAAACGAGUAGGAAUACUGUAGAGUGCCAAUUACUGUACAAACUGGGUGAGCACUACUGGUAUCACUGCUUGCACCUAACUUCAUUUACUGUGACACUUGUUUCUUUGCAGAUUUUGCAUUGACUUGUGUGUACAGAGUUGAAAGGUGCAUUAUGAAUGUUGCAUAUUUAAAAUUUUUCAUGUGCAGUAUGGCUCGGGAUAUUGUUUGGCCUUUUGCAUGUUUCUCUACAAGAGAAUUGAGUUACCUCACAGAGAACCAGAUACAUGGAAGUGGACUCCUUGCCUGUAGAACCUGCAUGCUUUUCUUUCUUUCUUUUAAGUUAUAUUUGCCUUUAUUUUAAAAGAAAAAGAAAAAAGCCCCCUUUUAGGAACCACCUCUGCAUUCUGGGAGCUUUAUCACUGCAAAUUGGAAAGCCAUCUUACAAAAUUAUUCACAUUUUUUUCUUCUGUGAUUCAGCUAAUUGAAGGAUUAAACUAAAGAAAAGUCUCUUAGGAACAGUGAAUAUUUGAAUUUAAGAAAUGUGUUUAUUCGAUGAUAAAUAAUUAUUUAGAUCAAUUUACAUUUUAUGAUUUUUUCUCAUUAUUAAAUUUACUUACAAACUAGCAAUCUAUUUAGUGCUCACCCAGAGGGGAAGGAGGUGGAAAAUGUGCACACACUACCUUCAGAAAUGCUUCGGUUAAUUACUUUGUGACACUACCUUUGCUGUAAUUUUAGUUGGGAUUUUCUAAGGGUAGAAUUUGGUCUCACCAACAAGUGAGGAUAUAGCCUUAUCUCAUGGAGGACAAGCUCCGUUCUUACUCAGGAGCAGUCAGGGUACAUUACAUAAAACAAUAGAGGAUGCCUCAUUUUAGCAAACUCAGUUUCUUUGUAUUCUUAAAUCCUUUUACGGAUUUGAUCAUAUGCUAACUAAUGACUGGAUGUCGUUGCAGCAACUAGUUUAAAAUAUUCAAGAUCUGUUUAUUGGGGAAUGGGAGAAAUAGGAAAAGAAAUGUGUAUAAUUAAUUAUAAUAUUGUAAAAGUGGUAUCUAGAUUUUACAGCCUCAAUAGUCUGCCCAAAUAUUCACAUGAGUGAAGGAUCCCUUUCCUUCAUUCACCACAACAUUUGUGGUGAGAGAAAAAAAACCACAACUCCAAGGUGACCUAAUAUGAUUUAGGUUGCAUUUCAAUUUUAAUAAUAAUUUAAUCAGAAAUAAAGCUCAUUAGAGUUUCUUCUUUAACCCAGAUACUAGUACAAGGAGGAGGGGAUGUAUUCUUUUUUAGGUUUUAUUUUAUUUGUUGCUCUAAAUCUUUUUUUCUUCUUCUUUUUCCUUUUUUUUUUUUUUUUUUUUUUUAGCAUCCUACAUAACAUCUCCUUCGUAACUUUUUGCUUGUUUUCAUGGUUGUUUAGCACACAGUUCAGGACCUUUCAGAUCAUGUUUGUACAAGCACUCCUGGAAGAGCAGCUAAGCCUUGUCUGAGAUGGGCUUUAAAAUCACACUAAGUUGGGAACCUUUUUUUUCUACAGUUUUUUUGCAAGAAUAACUGAUAAAGCCCAUGAAAUUUAAUUUUGCUUUGUGACCAAAUUGAAGUUACUGUUUGUGCAAAACAAAAAUCAUACCACAUCCACCCUAUAUUCUAAUCUGAGAAAGGUGGUCAGGCCCUUCUAAAUGCUUAACCAAAAAUUUUUAAAAGUCAUUGAAGCUUUUAUAGAAAAUGAACUCAAACUUUGAGCAUUAAAAUUGAGGCUUAAGAUUUCAGGUGGAUAAUAACAGUUUGAGGAGAAGUAGGUCCAGAUAUUCACAAGGCAUAAAUUCUUGCCUGGAAACAUCAGAGAAGUUAACUAGGUUAAGGAUAGUUUCCCCUGAGCAACCUAUGUGUUCAAAGGUUAGGCACACCAUUGCUGUUAUUAAAAUAACACGCACUGCUCAUUAUUGACAUAGCCUGGGCUUGGGUUCCUCUUUAGGUUUGGUUAUUUUGUGUAGCAGUUUUUAAUCAGUGGGUGACUAAGACUGUUUCCUCUUAGCUUUCUAGUUCUCAGCAGAAAAAGCAGUUUGGGGUCAGAGCAGUAUGUGACUCUGUAGCAUUUUCUAGCCUAGCUGGAAAUUGCAAUUAAAAUACUCUGAAAUGUACGGUUUUCAUCUGCAGUUGGAGGAAGUUGUUGAAAGUUUGCUAAAAGCAAAGGGCUAAGCUUAUGAAGGAAUGCCUCCUUUGUUCCACACUCAGUUUGUCAUACACAAUUAAUUGUAGCCAUGUGCCUUUUUGCAUGAUGUUUGGGAUAUUCAGUAACCCAAGAUUGCUGCAGAAAGGUACUUUGAGCAAUUAAUUUGUGCUUGCUUUUAUCCCCUCUCAGAAAGGCAUCAUAAAAAGGCCCAUUUAAAAAUUUGGCCCUAAAAGUUCAACUUUUGUAGAGUUUUACUGUUCAGAGAGGUUUAAUCCUAUGUGGUAGUCUAUAAAGUGAUGUAUGAGUUGAGUUAUGUAAAUUUUGUCAUUGUAGUGUACAUGGAGUGAUCAUUUUACUAACAUAAAUAUUUUCUAUGUGUGUUUCAGUGGAUGACAAUCGAGCAGCAGAAGAAUGGUGUGCCUACCCUUUAAUGCUGCAGUUUAAAUAAGAGAACUUGUAUUAUGUCAUUUCAGAUUGUAGGCUGAGAGUUGUAAAUAGUGAAAAUUUGAGUACUUCUAUUAUUUGUUUUGGUUAGAAAGUGAAUUUUAAAAACAAACCAAACUCUAAACUUUCUCAGAUUAAAAGUCCUGAGACCUGAAGAUUGUAACAUUCAUGUCUGUGACGCUUUUAAACAUUACACUUGAGAUCAGUCAUGACUUAAUAUUCAGGUAAAUUUUCUUUUCCACGAAGCUUUUGAAUAAGCAUAUUUCCUCCAAAGGUCAGUCGGUCUCUCUCUGUUUUUCUUUUUUGUAGAUUAUUUUAAAGCACUAAUUGCAUUACAUUGGUAACUGCAAUAUAAAAUAGCCAUUAUUGUUUUGUGAAGCAUGGUUGAAAUUAGAUAGUGGUCCCUUUUAAAUUUCAUGAGCCUCUCAAAAAAUCUUUUAAAAAAAUACAGAAAGCUGCUGAAUAUUUCAAAAGAUAUAUAUUUUACCUUAUUGUAGGUUUUGUAAAGUUAGUUUGUAAUAUUCAGGUGCACUUUUAAUGUUAAAUUUUGUGUUCAGAGUUCCAUUAUACCAUGUAUUUCCUGGAGGUGGCUCAUCACAUGGCUGGCUGUCAAGUCUUGGUGCCGCAGUGAUCCCUUAAUAUUUGAUUUCUCUCUUAAUUUGCCACUAUUCAGUGUUGGCACUUUCAAUGUAGAUAUUCUAGUUUGGGGAUGUCCUCAUAAAUGUGUAACAGAUUGGUCUGUUCGCAUGCUUAAUUUCUGCCAAUCAGAGUUUUGCAUGGCCCAAAAAACAGUUGACCAUUUUUAUGGUAUGGGAAAGUAUAGUUCACAGCUGUCUUUGUCACAAAAGCCUGGUCUCCUCCCAUUUUCCAGUGGGCAGAUGAUGACAUUACUCAAACUUACGAUAUUAUUCAAACUGAUGUUAGGAGGUGAUGAAUUUAAGAUCAGUUCUUGCAUUUUUAUAAGAGAGCAUUAUUAUUACAGAAUAGAUAAGCUAUCACACUAUAAAAUUAAAAACACUAAUUCUGUGGAAGGUUAUCUAGUUGGUAUUUUUAUCAUUAGUGUUCUCAUUUCUGAGACAUAAUCAUCAAACUUGACAGUAAAGUAGUAUAAUAUUAUAGUACUUUGUUCAGUAGGCUUACAAGUGACUCUGAACUAUGUUUGUGAUGAGCUAUACACUUAUUUCUGUUCCCCAAAUACCAUGAAGGACAAGGUCUCUUUUUCUGGAAAAAUAAUUUAUAUUUGUGUAUAAUACUUUCUAAUAUUAAGUUUGUUGUUACUCUGAAGUUUAGAUGUUGCUUGAUAAACCUUUACUGCAGCAGAUCAUGAAUAUGAGUAAGGCUUUGUGUGAUAAUAGGGUCCUUAUGUGAAGUUAAUUACUGUUCAGUGCUGGUGAGCAAGCUUAACCAGUGUGAAGUGUGUGUUAGCUUUAUUUGGUACACUUUUACUUUACAAUAUUGAAGUGCUUUUAAAACUCUGGUUAUCUUAUAUAAACCAUUACCUCAACCAAUUGGCAUUUUCAUUCUCCAACAUUUUACCUGAGCUAUAAGAUGAGCUAUAUGGGAUCAGAUAGUAAAACAAUAGGCACAAUGAGAAGUUUAGUUCCCAAUUUUCUGGAGAGAACUCUAAAUUAGACUAAAAAUUACUACCUGCAAAGGCCCAUGUCCUACAUAACUACCUUCUCUCAUUAGGCCGUACAUAGCAGCCCUGGAGCUGCUGGUGAGCUGUGUUCGCCCCCUGCCCCGAGUAAGCACAUGGUGCAAGGCCUGGUUUUAAGCCUUUGUGAUCCUCUUACAUUUCAUUGACCCAUAAUAGUGAAGCUUGGAUUCAGUUAAUAAUUUUUAUAAAAUAAUGUCAGAACCUGAAAUGACUUUUAGUUAUGACAAAUAUGUAGGACAGUUCAUAAUUAUUUUCUUUAACAGGUAUUAUCCCUGUAGAUUCAAUUUUGAAACCAUAUUUUUGCUUUUGUAAUUAUUAUUUAACUAAAUUCCAGAGGUAGUUUUCAUGUGAACAGCCCUUUUCUAUAUAUUCAGGUUGCUGUCAUUGGUAAUGGAAUGUGACAAUAGACUGAACUGCUCCACUUAAUCUUUUGUAGGAGACAUUGAAAAUUAUAGGUGAAAUUUUGACCUUCAUGAAUAUAUCAAAGAUUGUUUUCCUUGUUACUGUUUCAUUAUAAUUAGGUCUUCAUUAAUGCUAUAGUCAGGCCAAUGUUACUAAAAAUCUAAUGGCUUCAGCCAAACAGUACAUUUAGUAAACUGUUAAGAUAUAUGAGAUUCUUUAUAAGAGAUUUAAAAAAAAAUAUUGUAUGAACUUUAAGACACUACUGAAAAAGAAAGAAAUAAUUGUGGUACAAGGAAUGCAGACCUCCAAAGUCAUCUUAGUUUGUUCUCUCCCUCCCUCUCUUUCUCUCUCUCUCUCCCUCUCUUUUGGAUUCAUUCUGUCCUUGGGACUUGAGUAGGAUUUGUGAACAUGGUGACUGAAGGGAAAAUAGAGAAAAUUCUUUGCAUAUCCUGUCUCUUAUUCCCACAUAAAUUCUCAGUUGCCUUUUAAAGUAGUAGAUAUUAGCCCUGUAGCUGUGUGCCCUCAGUGUUACGAAGGAAAUUGGGGGAAAAGGGUGGAAAGUAAGGAUGGGAAAGUAUGUAAACUUGAGAAAAGACUAAAGAUUUUGCCCUAUCAUACUAAAAAUGAGUGACAGGAUAGACAAUGUGGUAAAGUUGGGCCAUCUUCUUUUGACAGAAAAGUCUGUUUAGAUUAUUUGAAAAUGAGAAGGCUAUUGUUGAUUUGACAAAGAAAACAUAAUUCUGCAACUAUUUGGGGGAUAAUUUUAAGGUUUCCAGUUCAUUUAGAUCUGUCAAUAAAAUCCGAAGCAAGCACUUUUAGUUAAUCAUAGAUUUAUUGGAUAUAGCAAAUAUAAUUAUAAUAUUUAAUCUUUAUUGUUUGAAUAUGGAAAUAAACUCUUUACCCCAUCUUGAGCUGUUAUUGAACAGGCUCAAGAUGAUCUUUUCAACACUGGAAAUGACCCUACACACAUACCAAAAAAAAUCUAGAGCAGUAAAACAUAUUCGAAGAUCCACACAUACCUCUUAGACUUUAGAUUUGUCUUGGGAAAGAAUUUAUGAACCUAUAACCAGUAUUAGUACAGUCUUGGGUUCUUUGUUCUGCAUAAUUGCACCCUUUCUCAGGUAUGUCCUGAAAACAUAAAUUUUAAAAUAAUCUCUUUAGAGAUUAGAUUCUCAGUGGAUAGUGUGUAAGGGGACUGGGGAGGGGGGCUGGGAGGGGGUUUGACACAGUACACUGACACAGUAGAGCAGGGAUUUUUACAGUAACAUUCAGUAGCCAAAUAGAAUUUCAACCUAGGAUAUUUUCACCCCCUCUGAAUGAGAGAAACAUCAUGUUAACAUCUGUGACUUGGUAAAUAACCGGUGCUACACUCCGAAACUUUUCUUUCAUCCAGGUGACAUUUUUCUCCCUGGUGGAAGGGUAUAUAGUAAACUUUACGUCACUAGGAAAGCACUUGUAUGAAAUGUUUAAAGUACUAGAAAAGGGAUAUUUAGCACUUUUUCUGUUACAACACUAAAGUCUUAAUUUAUCUUCAGUCUUAGGUACUGUAAGUUUUAUGGUAAUUGCUUAAAAUAUAAAACAUACUACAUAAUAUGGAGUCAAAUCACAUUUAUAUAAAUCUUGUCUUGUUUUAAAAAGACCAUAACAUUUUAUACCUUGCAAGCAGUUACAGGUGAUUGCCUCAUUUUCCCCACUUCAUUAAGCAUUUCAGGCUUAAGAAUUUGGAAUUUGAGAGGAGGUGAGGGGAAAACUCCCCAAAAUGAAAAAUUGUGUCAGAUCAUUUUAGAAAAAUAAAUCACUAGGAAAAUGGGUAGGGAUUCUCUCUCCCUUUAAGUCUUCAGGGAAUGAGCAGUAUUUAGAAUCUUUGGCUGAAAUUCGAGCCUUUUUACUGUGUAAAUUUUUAAUAUUAAUUCACUGACAUGCUUUUUACAUCAGAGGACUGAAAAUGGAUCUUAAUGUUUUUAAGUUGUGGAAGGGUAUAUUUCUAAAAUGGGGGGGAUGAUUAACUAGCUUAGUAUACCAGCAUUAGUAAGUUUAAGGAAUUUUAGUAUGUAAUAGCAAAGUGUUUGAUUAAAGUCUAAUCCUAUAUUGCUAGUCAAAAUUAGUUACAUUCUGAUCUAGGAAAGAUAGUCAUUGGGUAUUGCUAUGCUGUGCUGUCAGAAGACCAGACUAAGGUAGAAACCUUUAUCUGACUCCCACACGUUGCUUGUUCUGAUGGGAUGUAUACUCUACAGCAGCUUACUGCUGCUUUAUGAAGAAGUGUAUAAACUAUACAUUUGGAGUGUUUGCAUAUAAUUCUUUAUAGCCUCCACUUUAAAGUGUCAGACAUUAGUAUUUUAUCAGUCCAUGCUGUUGAAUACAACUAAUGUUCUUAGGAAUCCAACUUGUACACACUGUUUAAAAACCCUCAGGGACAGUUUACACACUAUUCUCACUCAAUUCAGGUACUUUGAUGCUAUUCUUAAACCUAACAGUGACUUGUAUUUUUCUGUUUUGCUUUUAUUUCAACGUGCUGGUAGCACAUCCUUGAUGAAUGUCAACUUAAAAACUCAGUUCAGGUAUCCAGGUAUAACUCAGCCAAACAUUUUAAAGCUGCAUAUAACUCUCCAGCACACGGUGCCUCACACUCUUAUAGUGGCAUUCUAUAUAUUCAGUUAUUACUACUGAGCAGAUAAUAUGGGGGUUCCUGUUAACAGUGUAUUUAAAAAAAGAAAAUGUGCAUGUGCAUCAGUGUAUAGCCAGCACAUGGAACAUACACAUAGUUAAACUAUAUUAUUUUUAAAUGCCACUAAAUAGCCAGCACAAUUAAACAACAUUCCUUGCUGCUUCUGAAAAGUAUAACAGAUGCAGCUCCUCCUUGAUGUGGCUCUUGCUUCUUCACCAUACUACUACUAAAUUCAAGCACUGGUCCUUGGGUGUCUGACCUCUACAUUCUAGUUUAUGCAAUGUCUUUAGAGAAUUCUGUGCACUGGCCACUGUGAUGGAACCAUUGGGCCAGGGGUGCUCUGAGUUUAUUAGUAGUGAUUCUGCCAAAGGUGGUGUUGUAACAUGAGUAUGUAAAUGUCAAAAACUUAGCAGAGGUCUGGGUCUGCAUAUCAGCAGACAAUUUUGUCAAUAUAUUUUAUAGCAUCAAACUCCUCAGUGACAAGUUUAUUCUGAUGCGAAGUUCUAAUUCCAGUGUUUUAGCCCUUUGCAUCUUUAAUGGUAAAACUUGUUGACUAGAGGUCUUUAUUCAUAAAUAUUCCUUUUGUUUUCUGCAGAACUAUCUGUGGUUAACAAAAUAAAUUAUUCCUCUGCUUUAAUAUUUGAUAUCUUACAUCUAAAAGGAAUUCUCCAUAUAUAAAACCCAUAGCCUUUGAAGAUAUGGAAAAUGGCAUCUUUCAGAUUUCUAGAAGUUCAAGUGUCAUGCAACAAAACAGGAACCCCCUUUACUCUUAUGGACCUCAUUUCAAUAUACUGUUUACAGUUUGACGGAAUUGUAUAAUUUAAUAUUUCUCUUGUACUGUAGUAUAUAUUUAUUUACAGAUUUUUUUGUACUGUGUGAUUUGAACUUUUUGUUCCUUGCUAUGAUCAAUGUUUAUGUAGUAGAGCACUUAUGAUCACAAAUUAAGUUUUUUGGUUUGAUUGCACUACAUUAAAUUUUUUAAUGCAGUUCUGAUUUUUGACUGGACUAAAAUAAGCUGUGUCUUAAUGUAUGUGAUGAGUACUUAAAACUUUAAUCCAUGUGGUCCCCUUUUUUUUGCAUUGUAUGUCAAAGCGCUAGUUCUUUCGUGCAUGUGUAAGAUUUAAUGGUUCCAUUGUAUUAUUUGACCAUGACAUUUUGGAGAAACAUUCCCAGCUGUAAUGUUGUGUAUGGUAGUUCUCACUGGAUGCUAGACUUUUCAAAACCACUAUUCUUCUAAUAAAUUUGUUGUGAAAAACUG